AGACGCGCGAUGCGACACGAUAACAUUCUAAGAUUAUGAUUUUUCCUACUUUCUCGGCAAACAGCAUCAACGUUAGUAUCAAAAAUGUUCCGAAAUAUUAUAUUUUUAGUUUUACCGAUCGUUUUGGACGCAACUAAGUUCUGUUCUAAUAAUGAGUGCGUAAGAAGCAAUUCGAGGAUAGCAGGUGGGCAGAUCAGCGGAAGAAAUUCUAGACCAUUUCAAGUGGCGCUGUAUUCGCGUGUGGAGGCAGGUCCGCUGGGCUUCUGUGGGGGAAGCCUGAUACAUCUACAAUGGGUGAUCACCGCCGCCCACUGCUGCUACCACGACUCUAUCCAAGUGGAUAACGUACAGGCUAUACUGGGUGCACACUCGCUGUACGAUCGCUAUGAGAACGGUCGACGGGUCGUGAACGUUGACUCUAUAGUUGUACACCCUGAUUACGACUCAGACACUUUUGCUCAUGAUCUGGCGCUCCUCAAACUCGCCAACGUUAUACAGCUCACAGACGCAAUAAACAUAAUUCGCCUGCCAUACCUGAGUCAGGUCAACGCUAACUUCGCAGGUCAGGCAUCUAUAGCCUCCGGGUGGGGUAUUGGAGCUCCAGGCGUGACAUUCGUGUCUCCUACUCUUAGGGAGCAUGUAAUGUCGGUAAUAACAAACACGCACUGCAACAAUCUGUACCACAACCAGCUGCCAACUAACGCGAUAUGUGGGUACAACGCAACUGCAGGAACAUGCAAGGGCGAUAAUGGCGGUCCGAUGACAAUUUUCAUGAGCGCCACGGAGGAGACUAUCUUGAUAGGAGUAACUUCUUUCGUCGAUGAGAGCGGAUGCAAUCUGGAGUACCCUUCCGUAUUUACCAGGGUACAGAGGUACCUGGACUGGAUCAGUGACGUCACGGGAAUUGAGCUUGAUUAAAUCUCCCACAAAACACAGAAAGCGGUCCUCUUCUCACUCCACUUUCUGUGUAAUCUCUUAUUUAUAACCUAUUACUUUAAUAAUAAGUUCAUGUUAUGCUAACCGACCAACUCACAUACUAACAGACAAGGCUUAAAUAUAGCAGAAUUUUAAAUGUUAAAGAGGACA